CGCCAACCAACAACGCUGAUGAGCGGUCGCACGCUUGCUGAGCUGCUGGCGCAAGAUGCGUGCCCGGACCCGGGCGACAAUCCCGAUGAUCCCAGCUUCAAAUUCCAAGGGGAUGGCAUUGCCGCAGCGGACGGCUGCCACACAUACUACAAUGAGCUUGUGCACGACAAACAAGUGAUUCGAUGCAACGACUUUGUGCUGCUGUCGUACACCCCUGGUGAAGGGGAGGUUGUGGAGAAGACAAACGCGCUGGAGGUGGACGAGGCGCUGGUGCAGGUGACGGCCAUGUGGCGGUGCAACCUCCGCGACUACAACUACAUCCAGGUGCUCUGGCUCUACAAACCCAUCGAUCUUCCACAGCACCUGAAACACCUCAACGAGAUUGAGGACGGUGCCAUGAUCUGCUCCUAUGUCGACCAAGAUGCGCGCGACAUAAUCUUUGCCUGCUCCAUCCUCGGAAAGUGCGUGAAGCGGACGAGUGCAGUGAGCAGACCACCGCCCGGCUAUCGCAGCGUGCGCGUCAAUGGCGUCGUGCGCAUCAAGGGCGACCGCUAUAAGCUGCGCAACCGCGCAAAGGACAUGUUCCACCUCCUCGUACCCGUCCAGGGCAAAACCGAGGACCUGCUUGAUGACGAGGAAGAGGAAAGGGAAGAGGAGGAGGAUGAGGAUGAGGAGAGGAGAGGGCUUGGCCAGUAUGAGCGGCUGGCACAUUUUCACAGCGACAGCAGCGAUGACGGUACAGGUCGCGGCCGUGCUCGCGUGGGCCAGCCAAGGGACCGAAGGAAACUGGUCAAGCGAAAGCAAAACGGCAGUAGCACCACCACCACCACCCCCACACCUCGCAGAAGAAAGGGCCGUCGCGAUGACGAUGAUGAUUGGGAUGGUGAUUUCGUGGGCACCACGACUGCCACCGCCGCCACCAAUUCGACCAAGCGCUCCGGCCAUGGUUCACAGCAGACGAAGAAGCGCCCGAAACACGCAGCGCGAAGCGGGUCGCCAUCGCUCCCGCUGCAAACACAACCGACAGCAGCAGCAGCAGGCAAGUCGCAGAGGCAAAGAGGAAAGAAUCCCACAGACAAAACCUCAUCUAGCAGCAGUAGCAGUCGCGGUAGCGGUGGUGGUCGCGGUGGUGAUCGUAAGCGAAGCGAGACAGCAGCACGCAAGGAAGGGCGCAGAAUACGACGCAGGGACGACGAUGAUGACGAUGGGGAUGACGAGGAGGAGGAGGAUGACGUUGAAGACGUGGUCGUGAUUCGAGACACGCCACAAGGGCACAGCGAGGGUCAUGGUGGCACUGGUGGUGGCAACGGUGGUGGGGUGAAGAUCAAGAUACAUAUACCACGACGACCAAAACGCGGUGAUGAAGGCGAUGAGGAGGAUGAAGAUGAGGACGAAGAUGGACUGGGCAGUCGGCGGCGGCGGCGGCCCAAACUGGUCGUGCGACGCGGGCGGGAAGACAAUCACGAUGAUGAUGGUGACGACGACGACGACGACGACGACGACGAUGAAGAGGAAGAUGGGCUGAGCAGGCCCAAGUACGAAUAUGCUGGACGAACGGUGUCUGAUGUUGCUGAUCUGACCAUGACAGAGCAAAUGCAAUUGGCAGAUGAACUGUUUCGAGACCUCAUUUCAUGAUGCCCCAGCAUCGCCUCGUCUUGAUGAAGGAUAGGGAGGUGGCAGACGACAGGAGGGGCAGGAAACGCGCUUACUUGUGUUCGGUUGUUUGAAUUGCCGUCCGACCACUUCUGUCAUUUGGGGGGAACGCUUGCUGUGCCCCCCCCCGCUUGCUUGCUUUGCGCUUGUGUUCAUCGCCUGCCUAAGCACGCAUCUUUUCAACUGCUGCUGCUGCUGUUGUUGCCGCAGCUUGCGCAUCGCAUGUCACGUUCUUCCUUUCUUUGUUUCUUUCUCUCUUUCUGCAUUUUCCCUCCUUUGUGUGUCAAAGCACCGCACAACCUUGAUGAGCAGCUUCUUGCUUGUUUUGGGAUGUUACGCUUGUGCGCUCAUGACACGCCCCGUAGCGGCAGUUCAUUCUUUCACCACCACCACCACCAGCAGCAGCACUUGAAUGUUCCUCGCCACUUAACCAUUAGACUCGCUAUGCCAACACGCUAGCUAAACCCC